AUAGUAGUGGCGGCUUAGUGUCCGAGGAGGUCUGCUCCCUGGCGUGUGGAAACUUGCAAAAGUGAGUCCAUUCACUGGUUUAGAGGGAUAUUUUGUUGGCAGAUCUGGAGCAGGGAGGGACAAGAAACCGUGGUCAUCAAAACACCAAAUCACUCCCAAAUACUCCGUAUAUGUCAUAGCUGCCAGGUCUAGGCUCCGACGUCUGAAUCAGGCCUUGAAUCGUAUGAGCUGUCAUUGGGGGAUAUUAUGCUAUGGAUUUCUUAAAAUCUGCCGUUGUCUCUGCAAUUUCGAAAAGCAGUUCAUUACCCUAUUCAUUCGGGGAUCGAGUUGACAAUGGAGAGUCCAUCUGGUCCCUGCACAACGGCACCAAACGAGAAGAUGGCUCGUCGUGUAGCAUAUUCACCUUCGAGAUCUCACAGGAUCGAUCGCGCCUCCCGCUUGCAAAGAACGCGCUCCGGAAACUAAGAACGUUACGCCACCCCGGAGUUCUCAGAGUGCUGGACACUGUUGAGACAGAUACCCAUAUCUACAUCGUGACCGAGAGAGUUGUUCCAUUGUCAUGGCUAGUGAAGAGGCGAAGUCUUUCAGAAGAGACAGCAAAAUGGGGUCUCCAUUCCGUUGCUUCAACUCUCAAGUUCAUUAACGAAGACGCCGCCUCCGUACACGGUGCUGUCCGAGUUUCUUCCAUAUAUACUAGCGAGAGCGGCGAAUGGAAAUUAGGUGGAUUUGACAUUUUAGGCUCUAUGAAAGAAGAUGAUGCCGUGAUAUAUACAUAUGGCAGCCUCCUGCCAGACUCGCACCGCUAUGCGCCUCCUGAAGUUGUAAAGGGCGGAUGGGAAACUAUCAAACGAAACCCCCUCCACGCCGUGGAUUCUUACAACUUUGGGAGUCUUAUUUUCGAGACAUUUAAUGGAAAUUUUCAAAAUAAUCAAGCUGGCCAGACGUCGAAUAUUCCUCCAAGCAUGCACCAAAGUUAUAAAAAGCUAGUGAACCCAAACCCGAAAUUAAGAUUGAGUCUGGCGCAUUUCAUUGAACAAGGCCAGCGAGCCGGCGGGUUCUUCGACUCGCCUUUGAUUCGAUUAACGCAAGACAUUGAUAGCUUGGGCCUGAAAGAUGACGCAGAGAGAGAAGAAUUCAUCAAUGAACUCGAUGAACUAUCCGAUGACUUCCCGGAAGAGUUCUUCAAGAUGAAAAUCCUUCCUGAACUGUUGAAGUCAGUGGAAUUUGGGGGUGGCGGCCCGAAAGUUCUGACAACGGUGUUGAAAAUCGGCACGAAACUCACAGACGACGAAUAUAACCAGAAGCUCACUCCGGCCAUAGUACGAUUGUUCGCAAACCCAGAUAGAGCGAUUCGAGUGUGUCUGCUUGAUAACCUCCCAUUAAUGAUUGACCGAUUAUCACAGAAAAAAGUCAACGACAAGAUAUUCCCUCACAUGGUGACUGGCUUUACUGACAUGGCACCGGUCGUACGGGAGCAAACAGUCAAAGCAGUUCUCACAGUAAUAGGUAAACUGUCGGAUCGAACCAUCAAUGGUGACCUGCUGCGCUACCUUGCUAAGACCGCAAACGACGAGCAGCCAGGUAUUCGCACAAAUACCACAAUAUGCCUAGGGAAAAUAGCAAGAAAUUUAGGGCAAAGCUCAAGAACAAAAGUACUCGUUGCUGCAUUCACCCGAUCGCUCAGAGACCCAUUCGUCCAUGCUAGAAAUGCAGCCCUAUUAGCACUUGCCGCCACCAUAGAUCUCUUUAGUGAAGAGGAUUGCGCUACCAAAAUUAUCCCGGCGAUCAGCCCAGCGUUGAUAGACAAGGAGAAACUCGUUCGCGAUCAGGCAAACAAGACCUUUGACACUUACCUACAACAAAUCCGUCAGUAUGCAUCUACGAUGGCCGAUACUGCCCUGCCGCCUCAAGCAAGCCCAGAUGUGUCCGCUGCAGGAACAGCAAAAUCCGCGAUGUCUAAUGGAGUAUCUUGGGCAGGAUGGGCCAUAUCAUCUUUUACAAACAAACCACCCAGUGCAAAAGGUGAAAUCCAGCCAGCCGGAUCACAGGGGGGCGCGAGUCAAGCAAGUAACGCUACCCGGGCAUCUUCGAUGCCCCGCACGACCGUGAAAUCGCCGUCGCGCGGACUAGAAACGACAUCAACGUCAUCGAGUGACGGACAUCGCAUAGCUCGAACACAAUCUGAGCGUCCACCAGAAACAACGACUAUUGAAGAUGAUGGAUUCGAAGCAUGGGGAAGCAUGGCAGAAGAACGAGACAAAGAUCACGAACAGGAAGAAGCAGACGCGCUCUUCGAGGCCCGCGAGUCUCCAAGCCCAGCUCCAUCAGCAACACCGGCUGUACCAUUUGAUGACGGAGGAGAGCCUGAUUUUGCAGGCUGGCUAGCGGCACAGUCGAAAGCCAAGACGAAGAAAGUGCUGCCAAAGGGACUGAGUAAAUCUAGCACCACGACCAGCACAACAGCAAAGACCUCAACAACACGAUCAUCCACGACAUCAUCGAAGCCAAUAGUUUCUGGUGCUAGUACGGCAGCGAAACCAAAGAGAAUAGUUCAACCACCAAAGAAAGUGGUUGAGACAAAGCCAAAAGUCGAACCCACCGCUGAGGAGGAGAACUGGGGAGAAGCCUGGGAUUAAUGUCGAGCUCUCCUUGUUGGUAUUGGAUAAGCUGAAUUGGCGAAUGCGGUAUCUUUCAAAUUCUACCAACAUCCGGUUUUAGCAAAAUAUAUUCUAUGGCGGUUACUAUUGUAUGGCCUUUGCUUCUUUAGUGAGCUUUCCUUCUUGUCGGAAUUUGCAUAAUGAAUGCCUAAUGAAAUAGUUACCGGAGGGAUUGGAGGACUAUGCACCUAGCUUUGUUGGAAAUAAAUCAUGGUUAAUUCUAUCUU